UAUUUCGUUUGAUACGUUUGGAGCUAUAUGAUUGAGCAGCGCAUCUACGCGACAAUUUUAAAGCUUAUCCAACACAACAAAUUUUCUUAAUGAGUAGAGUGAAAUAAAAAAAAAGAAAUCAGAUCUCUCUUAUAUUCAAUAUAAAUAUAUUAUUUCGAAUUAGAAAGAAAUGUUACGAUAUCGGUGAAGUGUGUUAAUAUAUGAUGAUGGUUUAUUUGUUAAUAAAUUGAUAUUAACAAACGUGGGUUAAAAAAUAUAAAAGAGAAUAAUGUUGAAACAGUUGGCUUAAAAAAAGUUGUAGAUAAAAUCUAUCAGUGCCACGAAGAAGAAAAAUACGAGCUCAAAAAAGGAAAUGAAAAAGAUAAGAAAGUUAAAUCGACCGAAUACUCAGAAUGUGAAUGUGAUGUGCUAAAAAAUAUUGCAAAGAAACAUUAACUUAACAACAAAGACAUUAACGUACACAAAAAGUAUGGGUACAAAAGAAUAAAAUAAAUAAAAACAAAUUAAGUUAGAAAAGUAAUUUCACAUAAAAUUAAAGGAAAAAUUAUUAUAAGUAGCAAAAUUAACGUUUAAUGUAAAAAUAAUGAUCCAUAAUCGAAAAGAAAAGCAAGUAUGAACAUACAUAUGCUAAAUUAUAUACGUAAUGUUAGGCCUAAUAUUUAUGUGUAAAAAAUAACAAAACGCAUAUGUACAUAUAUGUUAUAGUGAUUUUCAAGUGUCUAAAAGGAAUCGGUUUCAUAUUUCUGAUAUACUAGGUUAUGAAGCUUAAAUAUAUAUCAAAAUAUAAACGUAAUGUGCGUUAUGGAAAACAAUACAUCAAACUACUUAAUAAUAUUGUAUAACGUAGCCCAAAUUAUUUGAAAUAUUUAUACAAAUUUAAUUAAAUGUGCCCUCAUCUUCUUGUGUUAACAAAAAUGUAUUAAAACAAAUGACUUAUACCCAACAUGUGUUAAAAAUAUACCACUAAAAUGAAAAAAUAUAUUUUUUAAAUCGUAUAAGCUCAUAUAUACAAACAUACGUAAUAUAUUCUUUAAUAUUGAAUUUUUACUAAAUAAUUUCGGAAUGUAUUCACUGAGCCUUUGGUGUUGAAAAAUAAUAAAAGUUACGGCGGCAUUCGUGUAUCAUACUAAGUUAAGUACUACACACAACGCACGUUAAAAUAUAGAAUAAAUCCAAGAAAUCGAAAACCUUAAUUAUUUAGACUGGUUUAUUUAAACAAAACCUUUCGUAUAGUAAUUAUUUUAUAAUAUAUGAAUCAUAUGAAAAAUACAUGUGUUAAAGAAGAUAGUGUGUAAUCCUGGGCGGAAAGGGGAGACGGGGACAUCUACACCCAGCUAACAGAUGAUCCCCACAUGUCAAUUGUUGCAGUCGAAAAUGCAGGGCUUGGCCCAUGUGAUUUACCAGAUUCGUGGGCACCAAACACAAAUAAUAGCAACAACAAUAUUACUAGUAUCGUUGCAAAUAACAGAGAAAUCUCAUCGUUAUCACCAAUCACAAAAAAUUCAUCAAACACGGCUGUCCCUCUUAAUAUUGACAACAAUAUUAGCUCGAAUAUUGUGUUCUUCAAGAACAGAAGUAGUCCAACUACAACUGCCAUUCAACCGACCACUUCUUUCGGCUUUUCAACAACAUCAACGGCUAGAGCAACAACAGCAACCACUUCCAGUCUUAUAUACAAGGUGCCUCUCUCAUCGCCAGCCGCCGCCACAGCCGCUGUUACUGUUUCACCAGCCAGCAUUGGUAGUGUAGUAACGUCCUUAGGUGUGGGUCUGGUACCCUCAAUACCGCCGUGUGCGUCCCUUACUGGAACGAGUACCGGUGGAACUGGAGGUUUUGCUGGUGUACUGUUAUCAAGCCCAAUUUCUGCUGGUGACAGUAACAAUAGUAUUUCGGCUCAAAAAACAAUUACAAAUUAUCAAGUAAAAAACGUCAAUAAUAACCCAAAUAACAACGGCAGCACGAGCGUUAGAAGUCAAGCACUUCCAUUGCAACAACAACAAUUACAAUUGCAACAACAAAACAGCUUAUUGCUGCAUAACAUACAAAACAACAAUAACAGCUAUUUAGUGAACAAUAACCACCAUAAAAAUAGCAACAAUUUUAAUUUAAUACUGCGACAGAAGGCUGCAACAACUGUAAGUUUAGCCGCCGCACUACAAAAUUCAAUCACCAUGAAUGCAGUGGCUUCGCCAAUCUCAAACAAUCCAGCGACGCCGACUCGAAAAAUUAGAAGAAAAACUGAUCCGAAAGCCAAUUUGCCACAAUCACAGAUUAAUAAAUGUAAUAACGAGAAAAGGCGUCGCGAAUUGGAAAACAAUUAUAUCGAGCAAUUGUCCGAAUUUUUACAACUCAACAAACGCGGUGAUACAGCUUCAACGAAACCAGACAAGGCAGCAAUAUUGAACCAAGUUGUGAAAACGUAUCGUGAGUUUUGUGACAAAGGCCAAAGCCGUGAUAUUUCUUCCUCAACGUCAACUACUGCUUCUUCAGCUCUCAAUUCGACCACUCCUAAUAACAAUAAUAGCAGCUCAACUUCUAAAAGCAACGAAAAUCGAAAUAAUACACCCUCUACACGUUGUUUACGAUGUGCAACUGACAAUUGCUCUAUCCAUCCAGUACAACAAGGUGACGUUUCAUCGACCGAACCCCCGUUACCGGAGCCAUCACUGCUUAACGGUCAGGUGCCCGAAAUAUCUGCCUAUUUUGAGGCGUUGGAACAUUACCUCUCUUCAGUCGAUUGGGUGCUUUUACAAGUAACUGCGGACGGGAUAAUCGAGUCGUGUACGCAGAAUAUACGAGAACUAAUCGGCUAUGACAAACAGGAACUGUAUCGUAAACCCCUAUAUCAGUACCUACACUCCGGCGAUCAUGCGAAAUUAGAUCCAAUUAUAAAUAAUAUGCCGUAUGGAGUUAGCGGAAAUGCAACCGCUGACAUUGGUUGUGGUAGCGGUAGCCAAAGUGGCUGGAAUGAUUUGGAAGAUGCGAAUAGUGGUACAAAUUCGCAACAUUCAACAGCUUCGCUAGGUCCAGGGAGUGCUAAAGCUAAAAGAAAUAUAGCAGCUAAAGUCCGAAUGCUAGUCAAAGAUUUGCGUUCGGCUACUCAAACAUCUAUGGCACACCAAAACGAUGCUUUAGAACAGAAAACUGUCGGACAACACAUAAACCCCGAGAAGUAUGAGGAAGUUAUGCUGUUAGCAACACCGAUGAAAGACGAUGGUGACACAACGUCCUCCAUAUUGUGUUUGAUUACCCGUCCCGAAGAUGAGCCGGCCAUACAGCAGAUACAACCGCAGGCCAUAGAGCAUUUAACUUUUAAACUCGACGUACACGGCAAGAUACUCAAUUUGGAUGUUACGGCACUUCGUGAACCCUAUCGUCAGCAUCUGAGUAGUUGGUUGGGACGGCUAUUGCAGGAUCUUUGUCAUCCGCAAGACUUAAAUGCUCUAAAAUCACAUUUACGCGAAGUUCAAGAGUCAGCUGGGUCAGUCCAUUUGAUGAACUCGCCGUCAGCACACUCACCUGGUGGAACGCCUGCAACACUGAUUAAUCCUCCCAUUGCGAAUGUGAUGUCACGUCCAUUUAGAUUGCGUCUCGGCGCACCCGAUGUUUAUGUCCAUGUUAAGGCGAACUCACGACUUUUUUUAAAUCAGUCGCAAACGGAGGGCGAUUAUAUAAUGUCUCUGCAAACAAUUCUUAAUUCGGAUAACGAUAUAGGCGGAGGAGGUAUAAGUGGAUUAAACAUCGGAGGUAUCGGAAACAGUAGUAUGAUGCCAUCUAGCAGUUUGUCAACAAUGUCACCUAGUCCAUCGUUAGUUUCGCCUCUUUCCCUGCCCUUGGAUUCACUUGUUAAUAACAAUUCGUCAUGCUCCUCGUCGUCGGCCUCAGCUUUAGCAAGUGUAAGUAGCGGUGCACAUAUGUUAGGCGGACUAGUUGGAGGUGGUGGUAUGCCACCCCACACCACGCAAACUACUAAUGUGGGUGGACCACUGAUGACUUCAGCUGUUAUCAAUGGUACAGCAAGUGGUACACAACGUAACAAUCCUGCUGUAGCCACAUCGGCAUCAACUUCGAAUAAUUCCAACCUGGUCAAUUCGUUUACCGCAUCGCCUGCUGGACCCGAGGCAACGAUUUUCUAUAGUUCCGACCCCUUUGAUUUUGACUUGGCACAUUCCAGUUUUGAAAUGGACGCCACUGGUUGGACGGAUUCGCGUCCAAACUCUCGCGCUUCUGUUACUACCCCGGUAAGCACUCCGCGUCCACCGUCAGCGGGACAUGGAUUCAGUCCGGCAGUAUGUGCUUCACCAUCGACACCAUAUCAACUGUCGUCACAUUCAGCUGCGAGCUUGCCUUCUCCUCAGUCAAAUACAAGUCAGCCGUCAUCUGCUGGCCCCGGGGUUAGUGGAGGGCCGUUUGGUUUUGGUUUUCCGGCGUUCGAAACAAGUGAUAAAAAUAAUGAUAAAGACCACAUGAACGCUAGCAUAAACAGCAGUAGCAGUAUAAGUGGCAAUAAUUCUGGACCUCAAGGUGGUUCCAGUGGUGCGUUGAGCGGUAUUGCAAAUUUACCGAAUGGUGGUCCGCCAUUACUUACCACUGUUGCUAACAUGAGUCAACUAUCUGCACAACCGAAUCCACCCCAACCGGAGUCAGAGCGUUUACGGCAUUUAUUGACGAAUAAAUCGCAUUCAAUGACCUCAGGAAUGAACCCGGCAGAUGGUGAUAAAGAUCACCUUAACCUGCGCCAUAAGUUUUACAAUCAGAGUCUACUCAAUUCCGAUGAAGAUAAGGAUGGUGGAGGUGCCGGCGGUAGCAACAGGGGUUCGUCCGGAAUGUUCAAAAUGGGCGCUGCUGGUAUAUCGAAUGCGCGCCUAUUUGGUGGUGGUGCAUUACCAAAAUCUUCGAACUCCAGCAAUCCCAUGUUACUGUCGCUGCUUAACGAAAAAUCGGAGGAUGAUGAUGGAAAAGGAUCUUCGCUUGGUCGACAAAGUGAAUUAAUGCGUCAACUACAAAAGGACGAUGGUCACUAUAGUCAUUCACACGGUCAUAACCACGGGCAACAUCACUCCAAGGACAUGUCGCAAGAGGAUUUACUAAAAAGUUUAAAGUACCAGGGUGACCCUACAACUCGCAAGCGUUCGCUCAAUGAACCGGAUGAUGGCAUAUUAGCAAAACGCGAAAGUGACCGGCCAUCCAAGUUGCGUGAGAGCAAUAAAAUGCUUGCCUCGCUGUUAGAAAAUCCGCCAAAGAAUCCUAUAGUCACUGUACCACCUCAAGUCAAAACUAUACCUGACAUUGCGCCUUCAGCAAGCCGCGUGAAUUCAACACUCGGCGUUAUGAGUGUUUCAGCGCCGAACAGUCUAGGCGGCAUGCCUCCAAAAAGCGGCACAAUGACGACGACCUCAUCAAUAAGUGCAGGCAGUUCUGUCGGAGCCGGUGGACGGAGCAGUAGUAUGCGCAAACAAUUUUCCGAUGCCUACCUCACGCUGCAACAGCAGCAACAUCAGCAACAACUACACCUACAACAACAGCAACAACAACAACAGUGUUUAGGUAACAUUCAACGUUCUUCACAUCAGCAGCCAACACAACUAUCUCAACCGCAAAUAAACUUUGCUUCAUCGGACGCCUUCGGAACAUCUCCACAUAACACCACAGCUACCUCAGGGACAGCUAAUGUCACAGCGUCAAUAGUGACAUCACAAGCAAACUCCCAAUUAGCCGCUCCUAGCGGCGCUGAUGGCGAUUCAGAACUGUCUAAGAUUUUGGACAGCGUUAUGGACUACGUUUCAGACGAUGGGCCAUUUGUAUCAGCACCUCCUCCCACUGCCUUGGCUGGAUUAACGCAGCAAGAGAUUAAUGAACGCAUGGCUAUCAACGCUAUUCAAAAUUCAUUGAUGGUCGAGACAUCUCAAUUACAACAGCAGCAACAUCAUCAACAGCAGCCGCAGCCGCCGGCCUAUCCUGGCAACGUAAUGGGGAGUGGCAGUGGAGGGGGUUUAUCUCAGCAACAACAACAGCUACAGCUACAGCAUCAUCUACAGAUGUUGCAAAGGCAGCAGGCUGCCAUUGGAGGCAAUCAACAGUCAACUCAGGUACAACAAAUGUUGGAGGUACUACGUGUCAACGCCAAUCAAAGCUUCCAACGACCGCCACCUAUGUAUUCGGCGUCGCGUAACAGGGGGCCAAUGAAUGCUGUAACGACACCUGGAGGUUCUGUUUUGCCAGCGCAUCAGCAGUAUCGAAUUCGUCAACAGCAGCAACAGCAACAACAACAGAAAGAGCGCCUCCUUCAGCAACAACAAAAGCAGCAGCUUUUGGUUCCUGAGAGUGCAACAGCGCGCACAGAUCAGUUAUGCCUAAAUCCGAACAUCAACAACAUUGGGUCGCUGUUGAAUAAUACAGUAGCGCCAAACGUCGCUUUGUCUCGUACCAACUUGCCGCCGGAUUCUCAACUAAGUCCGAAUUUUGCACAGAAUUUACUUCAACAACAACAGUUAAGUCCAGGGCAGCGUAAUGCACCAUUCAGUCCACAAACGAAUGCAGGUUAUGCAUCGCAAUAUUCACAAAGCGGACAACGUCUAUCGCCCCAUCAUCAGCAGCAUAUUUCACAGCAGCAACAACAAGUGAAUGCCCAGCAACAACAACAGAUGGCAUUUCAGGCUGCCCAAGCAGCAAACGCUAAUGUCACUCCGCAGCUAUCACCACGCCAACCGCCUUUUGGCGGAGGAGCAGGUGGUGUACAAUCACCUACAGGCUUGCCGUCAUCACAACAAUGGAAUGCUGGUGGUAAUGUCAGUACGCCAAGUGUACAACUAAGCGGAAAUGUGACAACUCAACGCGCUCAUUCAUUGCAACAACAUAAUCCUAUGUUAAGCGCGCAAUUACAACAGGGUGUUGGUCCUUAUACAACACGUCCGUAUCAGAAUCAGCGGCGAAGUCUCAACUCUCCAAACGGAGGAGGUGUAUCUGGCAAUGCAGUUACUAGUAAUAUUAGUACCAAUGUCGGUCUGCAGAGGCAAAAUUCUUUUCAAGGUGGUGAAUCUGGUGGUUUUAGUGGUACAUCAAAUUCACCAUCUCCACAGUCACCAUAUGGUGGACCCAGCUCAAACGUAUUCCAGCAACAACAAAUGCAACGAAUGCAGCGCCAGAGUAGCGUUCCGCAAACUACUCAACAUUUACCUGCAGGUAACGCAGCAAAUUCCUCUGAUUUCGUAAAACAAGAAUUGAGGGCUGUAGUAAGUGUACGUGCCCAACAACAGGCUGCUGCCGCUGGGGGAGCUGGUGCUUCUUCUGGCGGCAACGGAGUGCCAGGUGGCGGCGGAGGAAAUGGCGGUCCUGGCGGUCUGCGAAUAACUUCCACCCCGCAAAGUCCCUUGAGCAGUGCUCAACAGGGACCCAUGAGUGGUGGCACUUCUGGGGGUUUAAAUAGUACAAAUUCGCUUAGCAUGCAACAACAUCAAUCUGGAUCGAUAGGAACUGGUGUUAGCCAAAAUGCACUACUUAACACACCAGAUCCUUCCAUGAAUUUUAGCUUCGAUGCACAAGAUUUCUUUGGCAACAAUGCUACAAGGUGACCAUAAAAAGUUUGGAAUUCAAUAUACACUACUAACGGCCGUCGACAACUCAACAAUAAAAAGAACUGCGUAUUGGCAUGAACGAAAAAAAUAGAUGAAAAAAUAUUAUAUUUAAUAAUAUGUAUAUAGCAAUCAUAAAAUUUAAAUUAUUUUCUUGUGUUAAUAAACCUUUUUUUCAAUUAUGAAAAUUGGAAGCAAAAAGAGAAAUAUGUACCUAGGUGCAAUAGAAUCUUAGCAUUUAUUUACAUAAUAAUGUUACAAAUAUAUCAAAAUAGCUUAAAAAAAUUAAAGAUGUGUUAAAUAUAUGUAUGUAUGUGCAUACAAUUACGUAAAUAUAAAAUAGAAUUUUGCAUAAAUUAUAGGAUCUUUCAUAUUUCGUUUCAUGAAAAAUAUUACCUUAACCAUAUUAGAAUCACAAGACCAAUAAAAAAAACUUGUUAAGAACCACAAAUAUGCAUAAUCGAAUUCCAAGCUGAUAGGUAUUAUUGAAUAUUACGUAUCUACAUAUAUGAAAAAUUACUGAAAAAGGAAAACAUAAUUGCGAAAAGAAAUUAAAACCUGUUGUCAUCAGUUCAAUAAUAAGAAAAAUUAACUGUAGAUAUUAAAAACAUAGCGCUUAUUGCAAACAAAUGUACGGUGGAAAAGGAAAAAUUGCUAUUAGUGGGAGCCUCAUUGAGGUGGACUGGCCAGAUUAAAUAAAAUAUUUCAAUCCUAAUUUGUUAUACGGUGUAAUUUGUCAGAACGACAUAAAACAAAGCUGAAAUUGAAAAGAAUCAUAGUGGGUGAAACGACAUUAAUUACUUAGUAAAAAUGUGUUAAAAUUUAAGGAUCAUGCGUAUAUGUGUAUAUAUUAUACAAAUCUUUCAAAAAUAAUUAAAUUUUUGCAAGUGCAAGUUGAGGAAAUUAAUUAAUUAUUAAGCGUUAUGUUUAAGUACAUAACUCUUAUAAAACAAUAAGGAAAGUAAUGUUUAAAGUUUUAAAUAUUUCGAACUGUAAAACAGUCAAAUUUAAUACAAUAAGCAUAUUAAUUUAAGGGGAAACGGUAAACGAUUUUGUUAUAAAAUUAUUUAAACUGACUAUUUUGCACCGCACCAACUAAAAAUAUUAAAUUGAAAUUUCAAUUGAAUUUAUAAAUUAAAUAUUACAAAUCUGCUACAAACUUAUAAACAAGCAUAAAGUUUCAAACAAAAAAUGCAGUGAUAUCAAAAUAACUUAUAAAAUCUAUAAUAUCGCAAAAGUAUACAAAUUGUAGAUGAAGUAAUUGAAAAAUGUACGUUGUACAAUGCAAAUUAUAGGUAAUAGUUAUGUUGGCGUACGAUACGGUUGGAGAAAUAUAGCCAAAAAUUAUAAAGCAAGAUAAGCAUUUUACGAACAACGUUCUUUUAUAAAAAACAAAAACAACGUGUACCCAUAAAUACGCUUGACUUUAAAAACUCAUACAUAUAUAAUUAUUAAUUUUCUAAUUCCAGUAAAAUGUUUUAAAUUGUUUAAAUUUUGAAAUGUUAUUUGUUUCCAAUAAUAUUUUUUUUUAAUUCUUAAAGUAGAAAAUUUACACUGGAUGAUUAGAAUAGAAAAAUUUUACAUAAUGCACAGUUGUGGUUACUAAUCGGUUAUGAUUUUAAUAUUUUGAUUUAUUUAGAAUUAAAAUAUACAUAAAAAGGCAUUUUCAUUAAAUAAUGUUAAAGCUUGUCCCUCAGUUAUCUUGCAAAAUAUUGUCCAUUAGUAUAGAAUUACUUCCUGAAAUGUAGUCACAUACUAAUGCACUAGAUACCACAUAUAAGAUGAAAUACAACCUUAAUUUUGUUUUCAAUUUAUAUAAUAUAUAGGGGAUUUUGUUAGUUAUGCACUUUCAGUUAUAUUCUAUUGAUUUGAAGUAAAACAUUGUUUGUAUAAAUAAAUUUAAUUUUUUGUAAUUUAUUAGUUAUUUUAAAUGUUUUUUCCUUUUUCUGUAACUAAACAAAAAACGAACGAGGAUAAUUUGAUUGUGAGAUAUUAGUCCAAUAAAUACAUAUAGCAUGUAAUUUACCCAAUACUAUUGUAAAAUAAAAAAAUAGAUGUAAAAUCCUAGUUAAUUCAUAGCUUUAGAAAGCCUAAUUAAAUAAGUCUAAUUAAUCAAAAAGAAAAUGAAAUUUUUAUUAUUAAGGUGUUCAGUGGCUAAAACACUAUUGUUUGCUUUAUUAAUUUAUUAAACAGGAUAAAAGGGCAAUGAAUCUUUCAAAUACAAUAUGCAUUAAAUAAUAUAAAGAAUUCUUACUUGAUUUUUGUUAGUUAAUUUAAAAGUUACAUAGUAUAUCUGAAAUGCAAUGUAUUUAUGUAGGUGCAGAAACUGUUAAGGGUAAAUUAUUGUUAUUUUUUUAAUUAUAUAAAAAUAUUGUUUUUUUUAUUAAUUACACCUUAAGUUUUUCUACGGAUGUAACUCUAUAUAAAGAUAUUCUUAAACACGUUGUAUACCAUAAAUAGACACCAAACGUAUACCUUUCGUGUCGUUGUAGUUAAUAGCAGUAAUGUUACAACUUUUAAUAAUAAAUAUUAAUAGUAAAUUUUUUCUACUAUAUAAGCCUUUUCCGUUUUUUGUCUUCUUAAGUUUGUAAUGCAAAUUAAUAAAAAUGUAAAGUUGAUAUAAUAAUAAAACUAUUUCGUGUAAUCAUUUCAUUUUGAUGUUCUAUUUUCAGUUGAUUUACAGUUAUUAUUUGAAUUCUCAAUUAGGUGACUUGUAAUCUUGGGAGUACGAAUGAAACCACAUACAUAUGUAUAUUUGAAGUUAUCAAGGGAGUUAUAGUACUUCAUUCUUACUCGAAUAGUGAGGUGAGUUUUAUAUUUUAAAAUUUAAUUCAAUUGCUGGAUCGAUUGUUCGAUAAAUAGUAUGUACAUGUAAUUGUAGAUGUGGCAGUCAUACAAUAACAGUAAAAAUUACUAAUUAAUAAUUUUUCCAAAAAAAUAUGUAUAUCUAAUUUGAAAUCAUCAUUUUAUGUAUGAGAUUUUUUUCACUGCAUUUUAUGUAAAUGCAUUCGAUACACUUUGCUUGUGAGUACAUAUUAUAUUUAAACAAAAGCAAACUAAGUAAAAUGUAGAGAUCAAAUUGAUUAAAAAACGAAGGGCGAUAAUGGAGAACAAAAACUCUCGGAAAUAUAGAAAUACCUCUCAUAUAAGUUCAAAUUAUAAAUUAAAUAAUAUAAAAUGAUAUAAAUAUAACAUAAAUAUGAUAUAAUAUAAUAUAGAACAAAAUUAUUAUAUUAACAGGAAAAAGCGACUUUUUAUAUAUAAAAAAUGGUCAAUUUUGACUAAUAAAAAGCAUUCAGCCCAAUUAUGAAGACCGACAGAUGAUUACGGAGAUAAUUUUACAUUGUAGUGUGAAAAAUUGACACAUUUCUUAAUAUUUUUUUAAAAGUAUCUAUAUGUAUCUAUACAUAUACCGACCGCAAAAAAGAGUUAAAGGCAAAACGUUGCUAUUAUUUUUUCUAAAAGUCCACACAUACACAAUAAAUCGACAGAAUAAAGUUUAUGUAAUAAACUUAUGUUAUCAUCGUGCAUUGCCUUUUAUUCAAACUCAAUGGAACCACAACGGAAUUAAUAUGUAGCUUAAACCGUUGAUAUUUUAGUGCUGCUGAUAAUGUUAUUCGAAUUCAAAAUUGAUGUGAUCCGUCGGGGUUCAUAAGAGGAGUGAUUACAUUUUUUCUCACACAAAAAAAUUAAACAAAUUAAAAGUUAUAUAAGAAUUUAUAUAUACACACUAAAAUAUGAAUACAUUCCCAAAGUACAGUAUAUAUAAAAAAAAUUAUAAUAAUAAUAUUUAAUACAAAAUAUUAUAGAUGCACCGUAUAGAAAAUUCAAUUUAAGAAAAUGAAGUAAGUAAAAGUGAAUUGAUGUGUUAAUAAUUCUGGUUAGUAAAUUAUAUGCUAAUAUAAAGAGAUGAUAUAAAGGAAGUAGUUGCAUAAGAAAAAAUUUACAUGGAAAACAGCGCCUUAAGUGCAGUAAAUAUAAAAAUAAGAUUAAGGACGAAAGUGAACAAUUUUUAGAGGCUAUGAUCACAAUUAAGUGGUACAAAUGUUUAUUCGAUUAGUGCAUUUUUGUAAAACAACAAAAAUAUUUAUGUCAUAAGGUAGUUAUUAAAAUAGUAUACAUGAAUGUUUGAGCAUUGUUUUUUUGUAAUCGGACAACAAAUCGAAUUAAAAUUUGUGUGAAUAUGGUAUUCGGAUGUUAUUUGUGAAAACAUAAAUAUUCAAAAAGAUUGUAAUAAUCAAAUUCUAUAAUUAGACUUAUUUAUCCUUAUACUAAAAGUUGCUAAAUUUAUAUGUAUCAAUUAUUACUACUUUUAAAAGGUUUUGAACCUCCGAAAUUAAUGUAAAAAUGGUAGGUGGUAAAAAUGUAUACAAAGAUUAAUUGUUAUACAAGUUAUAUGACAAACUGUCAUUUUUGCGUACAAUAAUCGAUAUUUUCAAUUAAAUAUUAUAAAUUUAUAUUAUUACCAGUUUUAUAUCUGUAGAUAAUUUAAAUAAUAGUUUUACAUAAGAAACUGGUUACAUAAACAAGUAAUCAUAAUUGAUUUUCUAUGGCCCAUGAAAAUUAUAUUUUAAAUAAUGAUUAAAAUAUCACAUAGAAAUGUAUUUAGUUAUAGACCUAAAAAUGCGAUAUUUUCCUGUCGAUUGUUAUUAUUAUUUAAAUUUGUCCUUGUUUCACCCUUUUUGCGUGAAGAAACCAAAGAAAAUUGUAAGGGAAAGUUUUGUGUGUGAAUGUGUAUUUCCAACACAUAAUUGUUUUUGUCCCUAAAUUGUGUGUAAUAGUAAAAUUUAAAAUCUAAAACCUCAAAACAAACUACUGUCUUAGUAGGAUAUUUAAAUAUUUAAAAGUCAUACAUCCAAACAGAGAAUUGAUACAAAUAUUAUAAGUGAAUGACAAAGCGUAAACGAGCAAAAUUAUUUAAACGACAAGUGGCAUUUACUGUUUUUUGAGACUAAUUGUAAGUAGUAAAUCUCUUUACACUUUUAACACAAAAUGUAAAUUUAUUGAGAAUUAAAAUAUGGGAAACCCAUGCCAAUAUUUGAGGGAAUUGGUAGAGAGCAGAACUUAUAAAUAUUAGGUAAUAAUUUUCAUAAAACUAUUAUAAAAAAUACAAGCAUAAAAAUAUAUAUUAGUACUCAUAUUUUGAACUUUUAUAUUUUCAAUUUGAAUAAUUAUUAUUUAAAUAACAGAUCGAAUGUACGGUACGCACGUUAUCUAUAUGCAUAUAUACUUGAAUAUUUUUAAUUAUAUUUAAAAGUCCGAAUAUAUGAAAAUAAUAAAAAUCCUGACGACUUGAUAUUGCAUAUAUUCAUAAACAUAUAUAUUUUUUUUGUUUUUGUACAAACAAAUAAAAUGCUAAUACAUUUAAGUAUUGUUAGUUACCGAAAGUUCAACCAGGUUAUGUACAUAAAGCAUUUUAUACCUGAGACGUUUAGAAAAUAACGUAAACCUGUGAAAUAACAGACUCGUAAAAACUGACAACUUUUAAUGUUCUGAUUAUUUACAUGCUCUACCUUUAAGUUUUUUAUAAUUGAAACAAAAAAUGUAAAGAAGUACCAAAUAUGUCUUGUUCUACACAUUGCUGCCUGUCGAAAAGAAAUAAUACAAAAUAAAAAUACAUAAAAGUGUAAUCGUAUAGAACAUUGCAAUUAACAAUUUAAGCACUUAUAUAAUUUUUGAAAUUAAAAAACAGUAUAUGGUAACUAUAUAAUAAUAUUGAAAAAUUAAAAUAUAAUUUUAAAUGCUAACAAUGUAAUGUGUACAUAUAAAAAUAUAAAAUAAUUGCAUCACAAUCUCAAAAUAAUUUGGCUUAAAUUAUAACAAAACUCAAUUCGUACUACAUUCGGUAAAUAUAUAAUACAGUACGGUAUACAAAAUAUCUACACUAAUAUUUGCAAAGUUAAUAGUCAAUAGAUCUCUCGAAUUUCGCAAUUCAUUGCACCAGAAAAUAUAUACUGCAUACAUAAAUAUAAUAAAAUAGUUACAUACAAUUUAAAAAACAUCAUUCCUUUAAGAAAAUGCAAUAAACUAGAAGACGCGGCCAAAUAGCUAUAUUUUAUAUGUAGUAAUUAUAUUGUUUCUAUUUAAUAGUUUUCCUUCUGAUUGCUUAAUCUUAAUUUACUGCAUUGAAAAGAAAUAUAAAAAUAACAUUGAUUCGAAUGAAAGAAUUUAUCUCUUGUAAAACAUACCGAAACGAAGCCUUAACAUUAUUACAAUGGCUUAAAAUAAGAUGAAUGAUACUUACAUAAUUAUAUAUAUAUACCAACAAGAAGAAUGACAUGAAAUAUUGAUUGGCUGUGGUUGUUUUGAUGAAGAGAUGUAAGAAAGUACGAAAUCGAAAGUAAACACAGUUUAGAAAAAAACAAGUCAUGUAAUCGUAAAUCAGAGGAUCAUAUUUAAGCAUGAUAACUCCAAUAAAAUGGGUUGAUAUGGGUUUGAUUAUAAAAUUUAACGAUUCAGUAAGACUGAGUAAUAUGUACGAGCAUAACUGUGUACAAGUUAAAUUACUAAAAACUAUAGAAAAAGCAUACAUGUUUUUGCUAUUGUUCGAAGUUGUGUAAAAGUCUACAUAUGAUUAUAUAUUGUACAUAACAAUUACAUUGCAAGCUAGACAUUUUUAAUUUUGUGUCAAUAAUAGAAAUAAAAUGUAAACUGACAAAGAAGUUAUAAGUUGGCCAACGAUACACCCUCUAUACCAUCUCUUUCGACUAAGUGGAUGGUAAAAUUAAGUAAUCUAAUGACAUAGUAUUGAUUAAAACUAUAAGUUGUGGACACUUUUAUAUAAUGUAUAUGAAAUUGACUUAAUAUUAAUUAGUUUGUGUUCCAACUAUCACAUAUACAUACCUACAUUAAGGAUUCAAAAUUAUAUUGUUUAUUACUUUUCUUAUACUAUGUCGUUAUGUACCUUUAUUGUAAAUACUUAAAUGUGUUAAUUUCAAAUAUUAUAAUUUGUUUAUAUAAUUUUAUGUAUCUUAUAUGUAUGUAUGUAUAAAUUAAAAAUAUUUCCAGGUUAAAGAGUUGUUUACUAAAUAUGAAAAGUACAACAAUAUAUAAUAUGCACCAACACGAAUGUCACUGAAAACUGAAAAAACGGCUUCACAAACUUAAAUGUAAAUUAAUGUAUUUAUACGAUGUGCAUAGUAAAUUGUAUCGAUAAUUUUAAUUAAAUAGAUAAAUAUACUUGUAUAGGUAUAAGUAUAGUGGAUCGUAACACAUGUGUUCAUGUAUGCGCUGCACCUGUCUAUAUUUUUCUUAUAAAACAAAGAAAACUAAAUUAAACUAUACAUCAUAAAUGCAUGUAUGUAUAGUAAAAUUUAAAACCAAACUAUUAAUGACAUAAUCAUAUUUCGUAUCAUUUUGUGGGUAUUCUUGUGUAAAAAACAUGUUUCUCCUUCAGCAUUGUUAAUGAUAGUUAAAAUAAAAUCUGUUCUAAAGAUUGUUGCAACUUUUUGACAUAUCUUCAAUCUGAAAUGUAUGUCACAGUUGACCCUUUCGACUUAAAGCUUAAUUGAUUAUAAAAAUACGGUUUAGUUUAAUAGAUACCGAAACCAAGAAGUACUGAAAUGUGUGGGUGUGCAUAUACAUAAGUAUAUGUGUUUCAAAAACAAAACAACAAAAAAAAAAUUAACUGUAAAUACAUUUAAAUAUGACUUUCACAUAUUUAAUUAUUAUUUAUUUCAUAUUUAAAGGUAUUAUAUCUUUGUACUUGUAUGUAUGUAUAUUUGUCUAGAUAUUAUGCAAAUCGCGGAAUUAACUUACUAACUACAAUAUAAAUGUAUCUACAUAUACAUAAAAACAGCAUUUAUAUGUUACCAUGACGCUUUUGUUAAAAAAAUCAAUAUAUGUAUAUUUGUAUUAUUUUUUAUAUUACAAUUUCCUGAAUGCAUUUGCUAAAGUUUCAAAAUUACAACUUGAUGAUUUGAUGCAACAGUUAGGGGGUGAAUUUUAAACCCACUGAACGUAUGUAUAUAUAUGUGUAAUAAAUAUGUACUUCAGUGAUUAAAUUUUUCUUAUCAUUCAGUUUAUAAAAAAAUUUCAAAUAGGUAAUUGUUACCGCUGAAGUUUUAUUAGUAUUGACUUUUUGUUUCAAAUUCCCGCUUCGGUAUUUGUACAAUGUAUAAUUAUUUAAAAUGAUUUUAAUUUCUUUCUUGAAACCUUACUAUAUGAAAAAAUGUUGAUCAAAGGUAAACAAAAAGUAACAGAAGCACAUAUACCAAAGAAUUGAUUGCUGGAAUAAAAACAGCACAUUAUUAAUUUUUAUAAAAUGCCAGAAGUUAUUUGAAGAAAAUAUAGACGACAAUUCUUAACAACUGGAACUGUGCUAAAAAAUGAGUAUGUAUUGUAUUAUUAAAUAAUUGCUUAUAAAUCUUAAUAAUCUUUAUAUACACAACCACGCAUAUACAGCAACAAAAUCGUAUGAAAUAAUUAAAAAAAUGCAAAUAGAGGAAAUGAGUGAGUUAACAAAGAAAUUGGAAAUGAUACAACAUUUAAUAUUGAAAAAAGACUAAUAAAAAUAUUAUAUUAAAUUGCA